CCACCCCAGGGCAAAGAGGCCUGAGAGAGGCCGCCACCUAAGCUGCUUCUCUGGGGCUAUUGUUUCCUCCCGGGCUAUUGUUUCAGAGGAAGGCGCUCCACAGCCCAGGGCCUCGCGGGACACCAAAAGUGUGACCCCCCAAACUCCUGGAGGACGUCAGCCCUCCAACAUUAGUGCCGGUGUCCGUCCCCCCUGCGGCCACACUGGAGGUAUCCUGAACAGAGCUCAGACUGCCUCUAGCCUAAGCACAGGACUUGAAGACCCUUCCAGGAUGCCCAAGGAAGGUUCUCCGCGGCGGACCCUGCAGAACAACCCGGCCCCAGACUUUCCUCACCUGCUCAACGCCGACGGGCAGUACCUCUUCUGCCAGUACUGGAAGCCAAGCAGGCCUCCCAAGGCUCUGGUCUUCGUGUCGCACGGCGCUGGGGAGCACUGUGGCCGUUAUGAUGACCUGGCUCGAAUUCUGGUGGAGCUAGACCUGCUGGCGUUUGCCCACGACCACGUUGGCCAUGGUCGGAGCGAUGGGGAGAGGCUGGUGGUGUCUGACUUCCAGGUCUUCAUCAGGGACGUGUUGCAUCAUGUCGACACCAUGCAGAGGGACUACCCCGGCCUGCCUGUCUUCCUGCUGGGCCACUCGAUGGGUGGAGCCAUCGCCAUCCUCGCCGCCGCCGAGAGGCCCAGCCACUUCGCCGGCAUGGCCCUCAUUGCACCUCUGGUCCUCGCCAGUCCGGAAUCUGCUACCACAUUCAAGGUCCUUGCCGCGAAAGUGCUAAACCUGGUCCUGCCCAACUUGUCCCUGGGCGCAAUCGACUUCAACGUUCUGUCUCGGAACAGGGAGGAGGUUGAGAAUUACAACUCGGACCCUCUUGUCUACCACGGAGGACUGAAAGUGUCCUUUGGCACCCAGCUGCUGAACGCCGUGUCGAGGGUGGAACGGGGGAUACCCAAGCUGACCCUGCCCUUCCUGCUGCUCCAGGGCUCGGAUGACCGCCUGUGUGACAGCAAAGGGGCCUACCUGCUCUUGGAUGGGGCCAAGAGCCAGGACAAGACACUCAAGGUUUACGAAGGCGCCUACCACAUGCUUCACAAGGAGCUGCCCGAAGUGACCAACUCAGUCUUCCAUGAGAUACACAUGUGGUUCUCUCAAAGGACAGCCGAAGCAGGAGCCAGGUCACCCCCCUGAGCCAGGGGCUGGGUGACCCUCACGCCUGGGGCCCGGGCCAAGGGAAGUGGGCAGAGGAGGGCAGAGACAAACUGGAAGUUGGGAAUCUGAGGAAUCCCUAACACAAUCUACUUUAAACAAAAAAGAGACACUCUUGUCCUAUAUAAUGCUAGCAGCCGCUGGAUCUACGACCUUAAGGGGUGGACACUUCGACACUUUAUACAGGAGAAAGAGGAGAGGAAGAGGGAGAGGAGAGAGACACGAGCGUUUCUCCAUGGAGGGACCGUGGUGCAGUGUCCUUUAAAAAGUGCACACAGCCUUAGCCCGCCUCUCCCAGCCCCACAGGUGCCCAGGACCUGUUCCCGGGAUGCCAGCCUGCAAUAAUUGGAGGAGCCAAUUUAUCCCUGCCCCCACUGAGCUCUGCCCCAGGCCCCUUGGACCAGCCGUGGCCUGUGGCCUAGCUCUGGCAGGGGAUGAGGUGGCCUGUGUCUCCACUGAGGUUGCCUAUGACCCUGUCGGCCCAGUGCAGCUGUGGCCAGGCUGCAGGGAGUGCUCGCUCACGGGAGAGCACUGGGCCCCAGGGCUGGGCCUGUCUCUGAGGCAGCCUUGGCUGGGCUGCUGCUUCCGGUGCUGUGAGAUGAGUGGGGACGAAGAGGGACCGUCUGACACCCGUGAAUGUCUUCACCAGGGCGGCUGGGAGAGCCUUGGAGCUGAGCAGCAGCCUAGGGGUGGAGGACCUGGUCCGGCCUCGGCUUCCCUUCCCUUGGGUGCCCAGUGCAUCCUUUAGUCACCGUUCUGGCCCCACAGCUACCUCUGGUGGCAGCAGGAGGGAACUGGCCCCACGUGCCAGGCCACCCAGCCCCGGCAGAGACCAGCGAGCCACCCUUCCCAGAUAAGGCCCAAGCCUGGCUGCCCUCUCAGGUUCCAACCCCAGCCUGGCCCUGGCCCUGGCCUCACUUAGCGCCAGCAAUAAGAGGGGACCCGGCCCCCUGCCCUGGGUGCCCUAACCUCAGCAGUCCUCUGGGAGGCUGCCAGGACUCACUGGGCUCCUCCCCAUCUCUGGUGUGACAGCCCCAAGUGGGCCACCCUGCUGCAGGCAGUGAUAGUCACUUUUCUGCGCUGUGGGUGUGCCCUGCCCCAGGAGAGUCCACCUGCUCUAUCAGUCCCAGCCGCUGGCAGCCUGGUGAUAGUUUCUGCCAUCUAUAGCCUACCAGGCACCCGGGCUCUGGUCUGGGACUCACCCAGGGCCCACUGUCCCCAGGCCUGCGCACUGCGGCCUGCUCCAGAGGCGUGAUGUCAGUGUCCCUUCCCAAAGGGAUGUAGCUGCGUGACGACCACAGUCCCGAGACGCAUGGAUCUGCUUAUAUGGGCACUGGUCAGACGCACACGCUUAGCUCUUUUGUGUCUGGCUACAAAAUCAUUAAUGUGACGGGUGUCAAAUUGGGACUGUCUCGAGGGGACAAGGGACGUGCAUGUGCCACAUCCAUGGCCAGCUUGGGCACCCCCUGACGUCCCCCUCGGAGCCCUCUGGAGCCCAGCGUCCCAUCUGUCUUUGGGAGGCCGGCCGGCCAUGACAUUCUGCCUGGCCAAGUGAGGCCAGCGCAGGGAGUGAGGGGUCGGUGACCAGGCAGAGGAGGGCAGAGGCCGGAAGAGGCAGUGAGACCCGGGCUGGACCCUGGGCCCUGGUGCCAGUGUGGACGUCGCUCCUUCCCCUCAGUGCAGAGGCAGUGUGAGUCCUCUUUGGAAACGGGUUCCAGAUCUGACAAUCUUUUUAGGAAAAGGGGCCUCCUGCUGGUAGCAGGGGUCACAGCUCCCAGGUUGCAGGGCCUCGGCACCAGAGGCUCCAGUGUGGUGUACGGCUCACAUUUUUCUUUCUCUCCCCCGUGCUAACAUGAACU